GAUGAACACGGGGGAACACGGGGGAACCACAUGGGGUACGUGGUGAGCCCACGGUAACGUGACGUCAUUCAAACACCAAAAGAUUUGCAAAUUCAGCGAUGGCGGACAAUUUGCUGGCCGAACAAACAAAGAAAAUAUCCUCAAUAACCCGUGCCAUGACCUCUCCACCACACGAAAAUCACGAACUGUAGAAAAUGACGACUUGGUACACAUCUGCUGCAAACCCCUCAGCGACAAACGGUUUGGCCAUGUCGCCUUCAGAUGAAAAGAGUCUUCCCUAUACGCAACAGCUGAGCGCAAGCCACAAUUCUAGAAUGAUGAAGCUGCCCUUAGGCUCCAGUGGAACAGCAAGACGAAGUGUUAGUUUGGAAAAGACUUCACCAGUGGAAAGCAAGGGGGACUACAUGCAUGGGGAAACUGCUGGUUGGACUGGCACCUACAGGAAACUCAUCAGACUGCAUGGUGGAAAUUCUCGUUUUCCAAGAGUGGAGGACAUGCCACACUUUCACUAUGACAUUGUUGAUCUUGGUGAAUCAGUGAAGAUUAGUCUGUACACAGGCAAUGGUGGAGAUAAGCGAUACCAUAACGGCCUUGAAGAGGAAGGGGCACUGCUGAUCAACGUUAUCUGUCGUGGAAAGUCGUGGAUUUUGACGAGGUCAGUUGAUAAUUUGCGACUCUUGGAUCGCGCCCUUCACAGGUGCCUUUUCGACAGAAACCACAGCCAGCUGAGAUGCCUUGCUCGUCUUCCUGACACUGACGACUUCAUUAAAAGCCAAGAAUGUCGUCAGCUAGUGCAGGAAUACCUGACAAGACUCGCUGAGCUCGCUGAUGAUGUCAUGAACUGUAGUGCCGUCCUUAACUGGCUUGAGCUUGAUAACCAUGGAAACCACAUGUUACUCACAGACGAGUCUCCAAUCAACGUACCUGGAAUAGCAGCUGCUCACGUGAUCAAACGAUACACUGCGCAGGCUGCGGACGAAAUCUCUCUCGAGGUCGGUGGGAUAAUUUCCGUGAUUGAUAUGCCCCCGGUUGACGAGAGCCUUUGGUGGAGAGGAAAGCAAGGAUUUGAGGUUGGAUUCUUUCCUAGUCAGUGUGUUGAAGUUAUCGGUGACAAGACGGACGGUCAAGCAUCGCUGCCCCGCCACACGGCAACCUCACACAUGACACCAGUUGCCAAGAAGCGAGGGAAAAUUGUGUCCUUUCUGCGAUUGUUCCUGUCUUCUCGUCCUUCGAAGGCAAGGCUGAUGCAAAGUGGUAUCCUGAAGGAACGGACCUUUGGUUGUGACUUGGGCGAACAUUUGGCAAAAACGAAUAGCCAAGUUCCUUUGGUGUUAACAAAGUGCGCUGAAGUGAUAGAGAAGAAUGGUAUCGUAGAUGGAAUUUACCGUCUAUCCGGCAUGUCUUCUAACAUUCAGAAACUCAGGUUGGCAUUUGACGGGGACGAGCCGCCUGACCUCCUAAAGGACUGCUAUAUCCGGGACAUUCACUGUAUCAGCUCUUUGCUCAAGAUGUACUUCAGAGAGCUACCGAAUCCACUACUGACGUAUCAUCUGUACGACAAGUUUGUGGCCGCCAUCCAAAUCACGAACGAAUCAGAACGUCAAAUAGCCAUCCAUCACGUGGUACAGCAGCUUCCGCCACCCCACUACAGAACACUAGAGUACCUGUUACGUCACUUGUCACAUGUGGCCUCGUACUCGCCCCAGACCGGCAUGCACGCCAAGAACCUUGCCAUCGUGUGGUCACCAAACCUCUUGCGGCCGAUGUCUCUGGACGGCGGAGGCGCGGCCCUUUUGCAGGUCAACGUACAAGCUGUUAUAAUAGAGUACCUUAUAAGGAAUGCGAACGUGUUUUUUGACGAACACGCGGCGGCGGCUGCGAUUGUGGCGAACCCGCGUUACUCGUCCUCGUCGCUCGACAGACAGCGAAAGGUGGUCUCCGAUUCAAAUAUUGCCGGCGCUCCUUCCAUUGGUCCAAGGAUGGCGUCACUGUCCAUUUCCCCGCCUACUAAACUAAUAUCACUGGAAGAAGCCCGGGCGCGGGCGCAGACAACGCCCUCGAAGCCCCCAGUAAGGCACGUAAGAGUCACGGCUGUGCCAGCACCCGAGCGAUUUGAGCCCCCCAUGUAUCGGUCAUCGGUUGAAGUUCCCGCGAGAAGGAAGUCGAGCGAUGGGGGUGUUAGCGGACGCAAGUGGAAAAGCUUUUUCCAGAAGGGAAGGAACUUUGACGCUUCGCAGUCCGUGGCUAAGAUUCAGGAGACGAGCCAAGGGACUUACGUUAGUGUCAUGCGUGAGCCCCAACCACAACGUGAAACCGUGGAAGGAGUGCGCCAGACAAGAAGUGCGGAGAAACUCAAUGAGGCGCCUAAUGAUACGGGACCGCGGCCUGUUAGGGCCAGACAUAUACGUAUGGAUGCUAAGCAUGACACGAGGGAGAUAAGAACUCCUGUUCACCAACCGGUCACAAUAUCGUUUAGCCACCAGCCCGCGCGGGAACGCUCACGGACUGUUGGCGAGAUGCACAUCAGAAGGCACCCGGUGUUGACUUCGUUCAAACGGGUGUCAUCUGAACAGACUGUAUUCUAUACUAAAGUGGAAUACCACCCGACGAAGGUCAAUCAUCGGAGAGCGUCGACCGGCGGCGAAGAGCUCGAGAGCUCCAUGCGGAGGCGAGAAGUCCCGAGCUCCGAGCAUCGCCCUGUGUCGGUAUACGACAAUCGCCCGAUCUCGAUAUACGACAACGAACCGACAACGCAUCGGUAUUCUUCGCCGGUUUUCUCGCAGAAUUACUGCACGAUACCCGAAGAGAAGCACCGCUACUCGACACCAGUGAACAUGACCACCCCUCCCAUGAAGAAAACAUCCAGGGGAAGGCUGUCAGACCAGCAGAUUGCUAUCACUGGGGCGAGGCUGGCGCAGACGUCUCUAGUGCCUUGCUCAAACAGCGGUAGGCCAAUGCAUUGAAUGAAUGACGUAAUUUUGGUACAGUCGCGCGCUGAGAACGUGCUAUUUUUCGCGGUCACGGCCAGGGUCCUGAGUUGACGGCGGUCGCGUGGUACUCAGCAAGCGGUUUGAUAUUGUGAAGAAGAAUAUUUAAUUUGGAAUGGUUCGUCUCUUCGCUGUCACAGUGCAAAGGGCUCUUCACUGGAUUCUGUCGUGAGUAGACGCGGGGAAACUUAAGUAAAUGUCUUAACCUUUGACAUUUUCGGUGUUUAACAUGCAAUAACAUGCCGCUCAAUUUGUCAGAUUUUCAAACUUUUGUUUUGCGGUUCUUAUUAGUCUCAUUCAAACGAGAGUGAAGGGUAGUUGAGUUAAUCUCCCAGAUAGGAUUACCCGUCAUCCUCUCUUGCCUCAACUUUGUUUCCAGGCUCUCUCAUCUUCCCGCCCUACUGGAGCGAGAGAGGAGCGGGAAGAAGAGAGACCCUGGAACGAGGUUGUUAUUGCUUCAGUUUUAAGCCAUCUUAGAGAAUCUCGUACCAUUGCCCUUUCUCUUUGAAGUUAAAUGUGAAUGAUGUAAUUGCAGUUCUUGGAAAGAGAAAUUACGCGAGAAAUAUCUUUUGGCUGGAACAACGCAUUCAUUUUGAAAUUCUGUCGAAACAUAGCGCAGUUUACUCUCAGACAUACUACAUUGCUGUACUUUGGCCUAACUCCACCGCUCUCCGCUCCGCCAUAUUUCAGUGAAAACAAUCGGAUGUAGACUUUUGAUGCCGCUUCUAUGAAGUACUAAUCCCUUCAGGGACAUGGGAAAAUUACAAUAAAGCUUUGUGUUACUGUCAAUUUUAUAAUCUGAAAUGACCGAGCACACACAAAGCCAGCAAAGCGAAGUAAUUCAAGCGACAAAAUUCUGAAUUGCGAAUAUUUUUUAAUUUAUCACGAAAAUAUUUUUAAGUCUUUAAAGCGUGUUAAUAUAAAUUUUAAAUGUAAAUAUCUCAAGAGUUGGCGAAAAUAUUGUUUGUACUGAAGGUGAAUUGUCUUGUUCCAGUAGAAAGGACGUAAAUAUAAUGAGCCUUGUUGAA